UUCACGUUCUUGUUUGCUUACGUUAGUUAUGUAAAACUGCAAGGGACUCAUUAAUGCUUCAUUUUACCAAUAUGAUUAACGUUGCACAACAUCUGUUUUAUUUUUUCCUGAGCAUUCAAUUCCUUUCUUUAAAAGAGAAAGAGUGCGCCAUAGAGCUGAUGGAAGAUCGUGCGAUCAGACAUCUUUCAGUCUGCCUGGAGGCAUACUUUUAUUUGCUGCAUUCUGUAGUCUUUUCUAUUGCAGAUGUCCAAGCUUUGAAGAAUGCUUAUGAGUUGAUCAAAUCAGCCAGUCAAGGAAAAUCUGCACUCGCUUCAUCAGAGAACUUCAGCACUGACUUGUAUGUUUUAUGUGCUGAACAAGCAUUUCAGCUGGGGUGUCUGGAAAUGAGCAGUGACUGUCUGCAGAUGUAUUUUAAAGGAAGAUUUCCUGUAAACCAAUUCAUCGGCAGAGCAUACUUGUGCCAAGGCCAGUUGCACACUCCACUCUCUACUGAUAAUUUGGAAGAAUUUGAAAAGUUUGUGAUGUUUUUUUUGAAAGCAAUAGACUUUGCAAUGCAUGAUCCAAGAUAUUAUUUUUUGGUGUAUAAUGCCUCAGUCCUUUACUGGGAAGCUGUGAGGCCUUAUCUUAAGCCUGGAUUCCGUUAUUGCCUUAUUCCCAGCCUAUCUCAGAUUGUUAAAGCGUUAAACCAAACUGAAGAGCAAGACACUGAAUGGAGAGCAGAACUCAUGAUCAAUUUACUUGAGUGCUUCCUUGAUGCUUCAGAAAUGAAAGAAGCGGAAGAAUUUUCUUCUACUGCAGCAAUCUUUAUUAAAGAAAACGCUCCGGAUAAAUACUCGCAAAUAUUUGCUCUAAUGGUAUAUCACCAGCUAAUGGAUAUUUCCCAGGUAGAGAAAGAAAUAGAAAAUUCCAUCCAUUUGUCAAUUAUUUAUAAAAUGCAGAUGAUAAAAUUGCAGUGGCACACAAAUGACCUUCCAAGUGACACCACCACAAAUCUGAAUUCUGUAUAUGAACUUCUGAAACAAUAUGAUGUACCUCCAGCAUCUGUUCUCCAUAAAAAGAUUCCUUUGGUUUUGGAAUUGGCUCGUUUUUCCGUGAAAGCAAACUGCGUCAAGCUUGCUUAUGAUUGUAUACUUGAUUUGAAGAGAGCUGGGAUUACUGAUCCAGGGAGACUUAUUGAAAUACAGUGCUUGGAAUGUGAAUAUGAAGUCCAGAAACUUGGCACUAAAAUUAUGACUUAUACCAAAGGAGUUGUUGAGGCUCAGCUGAGAUUGAUAAAAACUCUGGAAUUAACCUUGCAACAUGCAGUUCGACUGGGAGAUCCCAAUGUAAUUCAGGUUGUUUGUACUACCCAGUGGAAUCUGUGCUUACCGCUACUCCAACACAAUUUGCAUCAACAUGUGCGAAAGCCGUUGGUGUCAGUGGCUGAUGUCCUGGAAGAGAUUGACAGCAUGUUGGUUUUGUUACGUUGCCAAGUUCACAUGGAAGUUGCUCGUAUCGAAGAAGAUGAAGAUAGAAUUGAGGCUGCCAUAGACCAUUUGCAGAAGGCUAUACGUCUGGGUAACAGUGGGCAGUAUCAAGAACAUCUAAGAGUGACUUUUAACCGCCUUUGUUUGUGCGCUAUGCUGUAUAGGUCCCCUGAGCGUCUAGAGGAUCAGGCAGUAAUGAUGAUUGAACAGGCUAAAAAAGGAAAGCAGAAGGAUAAUGUGAGGAAAAAGAGGUCCCUUCUGGUAAAUGCAGGUCUUGCACUAGCUCCUGAUUCAUUUCAAAUAGUCCUGGAUAGUGAAAAUGAAGCUAAAGUGUCCUCAGGUAAAAGUAGGAGUCAGAUAAGUUACCUCUGUGCAAAAGCACAACAUCAUAUUAAAAGUGUGGAGAAAGCUGAUGGACAUUUGAAACGCUCGGGAAGUGAAAAUGACAAAGAACGAAUUAGACUUUGGGCAGAUUUGGCAAAAGUUGCACGGAAGCAAGGAGUGUGGGAUGUCUGCCGCACAGCAUGCAGAUUUUGUCUCCUGUAUGAUGAGACUUUGUUUAGGAAGGUAACAAAACCUAAAAAAAUACAGAAGAAGAAGAAAGCUAGUACAGUUGUGGAUGAUGAUCAAGGUGGCAGCUUGCCAGGGCAAUCAUUACUCAAUCCUGCUAAAUUCUUCUCUUUUGAAAGAGAUUUACUCAGAAUAUUAGCAGAAAUAAGAUUCAUUAAUGCGGAGGCAACUGUUCAUUUAUUAAGAUUGCAGGGAAUUGAACUGAACGAUCGUGCUGUACCUCCAGAAGGUGCAAGCCAGCAUCCUGCAGGAUAUGUUCCAAGUCUUCCUGAAAGUGAUGCAGAAUGGAAAACAUACAGUUUAUGGAUUGACUACUUAUCCCAGUAUGCUAUGGAAAAUUUCCAACGUGCAGCCGAAAUAGGAGAAGAGUUAAAUGAAGCCUGGAUUGUUCACAAUGCUGCGGUGUACGUCUUAAACUACAAUAAACAUCUUAUCACUUCAGGAAGACAGAGGGAGAUUCUUGAGUAUCUGCAGACUCUUCUUAGAGCAAUCAAGAAUGUUGGGCACACUGGAAGUCCUGUAGUUUUACUGAUGUUAUGUAAUGCUUUGGCUCGAGGCUUAAUUCUUUGCUGGAUUCCAAAGCCAAAACUUGCUGAGAACAAAAAGAUAGAUGCAGCAACAGACAGAAAUAGAAAGGCUGCGGCAAAGGGACCCGAGAAAGCAAAUGUCAUCCAGUUUUUGUCAGUAGAUCCCAAUGGACUUCCUGAUGUCAAAGCAGCCUUAGAGAUUUGUGAAUUUGCCCUAAAUUUGACAACCAGAACUGUGCCCAAUGAAACAAUACCCAUUGCUGUACGACAGCAGAUCAUUGCUACGUGGGUGAAAGCAAAACAGUUGCAUCAGCAGCAGAUUGGACUUAAACUUGUGACUGAGGAGGAGAAUAGCGAUGAAGCGGAAAAUUCUAUUGCAAGAGUUCUUAUUGGUCUGGAGAUGUAUUCGUGUAACGGCGUGGGUCUCAUGGAUUUCACUGUUCCUAGCUUAUCUCAGCUAGUGAAAUUGGCUUUAGAUUGUAGCUGGUCAGAUUCAUUAGUGGAAUUGCAGACACUGACACGACUUAUGCAUUUUGCAUACGCAUCGCAUGAACAUGAAGUAGUGAUGACUUGUUUCCAAAGGAUCUUGCAAUCAGCUGAGAAUUUUGGCUGUAAUAGAGAUACUAAGAAACAUGAAAUGCCUGAAAACACAAUGAGACAAGAAAUGUUAAGUACUGCUGCCUGUAUACAGGGGAAGAGUAUAAUGGCAAAUUUGUCUGGAAAAAAACAGCUGCGUGUAACAGCGUCAAACGCCUUUGUUCAGAGCGCCAGAUACGCAGGUGAAGCAGGAAAUUAUUCCCUUGUAAUGUUUGCAGCUAGACACUUUUGGAAUACCUGCUUGCCUUUGAUAGGUUCUCCAUACGACAGAGAACAGUUUAAAGAACCCACGGAAGUAAUUCUCAAGAAUAUAAUUAAAGCAGAAUCUAAAAAUAAACAGGAGAAGAAGGAUCUGCUGCCUUUGCAUCAGUGGUGUACAAAGGAUUUUCUAAAUAAUGAAUUAUCACUUGGAUACUUUCUCCCAGGUGCUGAGGAAGAUCUGACACUGAGAACUUCUUUAUAUGGGUUAUUAUUCCACAUACAUGCUGAUAAAGCUGAUUGGGAGACAGCACUAAAAGUGCUAGAUGAAGCCAUUCAGGUUUUGCCUCGGACCAGACAUAGGCUCCUGAUUUUUAAACAUAUGGUUAUAGUGAAGGCAAGACUGGGAUGUAAUUUUAUGAUGGACAUUCAGAAAUUCAGAGAUGAAAGUGAAGAUUAUUUGUCACACAUGUGGCACCAUCUGGUAACAGUCUCCAGAAGUAUUGUUGGACAGUUAAACUGUUUUCAAAAUGCAAUCGAUGCUUUACAGAAACAAGAAAGUGAAUGGCAGAAAGUUGAUUAUCUGAUGGAAUUCGCUGAAUGGUUACAUUGUAACCAGUUUCCUCUUACUGAUGUUAUUGCACCUCUCCGCUGGGCAAUAGAUAUCUUGCUACGUAUGAAAUUUUCUGCGCAGUCCUCUCAAGAAGAAGGAAAAGAUCCUGUAAUGAAGUUAUCACCUACAGAAAAUCUGAAAAUAGACAUUGGAGGAAAUUAUAUGAUGCCCAGAAUUGCUUUGGAAGAUCUGAAUAAUAUUAAACAAUUGGAGGCUUUAUUUCGAGCACAUACUUUAAUGGCUAUAAUUUCUGGUCAUAGUUCUCCCUUUCAUCAGCAACACUGUUUGAUGGCGUAUGCUUGCAUCAUUCGUAUCUGGCAGGUUUCUCUGUCAGCAUCUGGACCUAUUCUGAAAGCAUUAUCAAAGUCUUCACAACUCAGCACUCCUCAGAAUGUACCGUCAAUAGUUGCUCCUAAGAAAGAGAAGGACAAAAAGGAAGAGAAACAAAACCCACAGCCUAAACGUCAAAAAAAAGACAAAACUUCAAAGGAUACUAAACAGGUUCAAGCGUCUGCUGUGAAAGAGAGGCCUAAAAGAAAAGAAUCGGUUGAUAGCUUGCCAGCAAACGUGGAAGAAUGGGCUACUUACGACUGUCCCGAUGAAAUCAGAGAGGCAUUCAAACAGAAAACAAAUAGUUACGGUAUUAACAGGGAUAAUUUUCUAAAACCUACUCGCACUUUGUAUUUUAUGGACCUUUUAGCUGAAGAGCUACAGAAAAUUUUUUGUCCCCACUUGACUCUUCCCAUCUUUCAGCUGGCUGAAGUCAUUGCUAGUGAAGUUGUGGAUUGCAGAAGUCUAUCGGAUCUCUACCAUCUCCGAAUUGCUCUGAUAUGUUCAGAUAUAAAACUGAGUCAGGCAUCCUCAUAUCAUGAGAAAGCUGUUGGAGGAACAUUCAUCAAUGAAUUAGAACAAGUAAUGUGUAGGCAAGAGAUUGCGUUGAAAAAAGAAAAUGCUCAGCUGAAUGGCAGUAAAGAUGAGAACAUAGUCACUUCAAAGGAAAAGAUGUUGGAGUUAAACGCGGUAACAGGAAAAGGACUGAGUGGACUUUCUUUUCCUUACGUAUGGAUAAAAAAAGCUGAAGUACUAAUUCAGCUAGGCUUGUAUCAGGCAGCAAGACUGCUGCUUUCAGAGGCCCACACUGCAACUCAGGAGUUGAGAGCUCCGUACGAUGUGUCGAGGUGCUUAUACUUAUUUGCUGUGUUGGCUAACCUGGAAAAAAACCACGGACAAGCAAAAGCACUCCUUGAGAAAGCACAGCUUCUAGGAGGAAACGAACAAUUUUGGUACAACAGCACCCUUAGUCUCAUAGAGGCAAUCCUAGAGGAAGAAGAGGAAGGAAAACAGAGCAUGGCUUGUGGGAUUUUGGAACACACUGUGAAUGUACUCAGAUCUACUUUACUGAAGAGACCUAACAGAGAAUCUGAAUUGCAUUUUAUAAUUGCAUCCCUUGAAGCCAGGAAAACACUUAUUCAGAUACAUUUUGCCCAAGGUGAUAUGACUGCUAAUGCUGAGUCUUCUCAGUUACCACAUACGCUACAGGAACCUUAUAAUAAACUUAUUCAAAUUGGGAAAGACUUCUCCCGUUACGGGUAUAAAAACUGCAGUGCUGAGAUCUUGCUAGAAUGUGCAAACAUUCACAGGAUGAUUGCUAAGCAGGCAAGAAAUGAAGAAGAAAAGCAUAGUCACUAUCUAGAUGCUUAUAACUUAGCCCAGAGGGCAGUUUCUGAAGCAGAAGAAGUGUUUCAUAAUGUUUCUAGCUUAUUUGCAGUCAAUGAGUUAAAAGAAAUACAACAUAUUAGUACCCCAUUAAUGAGACAACUGGCUAACAGGAAGCUAAAACUUGUGGAAAUUCUUCUGGAUAUUUUUCAUCUUAUUAGUACUGGAAAAAAACUCAAAAAAGUAGGAGAGACAUCAUUCCAUAAAAUUUUGGAGGCAUUCAUCAGAGUAAAAACUGAAGAUAAUUCAACAGAACAGAACUGGAAGCACAUGGAACACACCGUAGGUCAUGUUACCCUGGCUCAGUUAGCACACGUACAGAGGCUUUGUAACGGCUGUCCUAACAUCACAUCCAAAUGCCUGUGUCUCACUGGAAAAACUCUGCGUUUACUUGCUGUUAAUGUGGAUCCCCUGCAUUCAGAGAUCUACUGGAAGCCAAAUGUUAUGGAAGAAGCUAAAUUGGGCACCACAAAACCUUGCCUGAUGUCAGCAGAACGUAGUGAAAGGGAAAUGACAAGCAGCAGUUUAUCAGCUAAUAAAUCUCAACAUGAUAAAUACAGGGGGAAAACACAGGAAUUAAAGAAGAGACAUAGGUUGUCUCAGAAUUAUCUUUCUCAGUCCAGUGACGUUUUCCUGCAGUGCAUGGGCAUUGCGUUCCGCCAUAACGUUAUUGAUGUGUUGGCUCCUGCUAGUCUUGAAAUGGUUGAAUGCUUCGGGCAGUUCGAUCCAGUUUCAGCAAGCCAGUUUUUGGCCCUUCAUCAGAGCUGUUCAGCAUCCAUGAUGAUGAGGAAUAUCCUUCUAACAGCUACUUCUAACACCAGCAGCUCUCAGCUGGCAGCGUUAUUGCAUCUUCAGAAUCACUUAAAACGAAACAGAAAUACAAGUGAUCUUCUAAAAAAUGUGGAACAGCAACUGACUGCUAUUUCAAGGGCAUGGAGACAUCUCUGUAUUCCUGUGGAACAUUUUAACAUCGUGAAUGAAUUGCCACCUAAUUUUUACAUAGUUAUUCUCCAGCUUUCAGAAGACAGAUCAAACUUGUACAGUGCAUUGAUUGAGAAACCAAAAGUAAGUCCUGCACAACAAAAAGGAAAACCUACUCCGCCAAUGGUGCAAGCUAAAGUUUCUCGAUUUCCCGUGAAUCCUGAUAUAUUUCACAUGUUGUUGGAAAAAGCGCGUCUUUACAAGCAGCAAAAGAUGGAUAGUCUCCUUAAACAGACUGUCAUUCAAAACUUGCAAGAGUGUGUCUCCAAAGUAGAUGAGUCUCCCACAGGAAAAAUAGAUGCAAAUGGACAGGAUUUUACAUCAGAUUUCUCUGAAAUAUUAGAAAUUAUGGAAGACUACCUGAAACCGGUGCUGUCACAGUUUGAUUUUCCUGGUGUUAGUAAAAUGGGUUUCGGGCAUCAUGCAACAGAAGAAAGUACACCUACGGAGUUAGGAUUGUGCGUGGUGUUAUUGGCAGAUGCGUUAUUUAUGGAAUUGCCUUUGGAAGCUCUGAGUAUCUUUCAAGCGGAAGGUGUAUGUUCUGUAUCCAGAGAUUUUUCUCUCCAGGUUCUCUACAAUCGAGUCCAUGUAGAAGAAUCAGAAACUGAAGUAAAAAAACAUGUAGAGAUGCCUAAAGAACCAAAACCAAAAGCUGAUCAGAAGAAGGUCAAAAUGGCACCCAUUAACCGUGUUUUACCCUCUAAUUGCCUAUCUGUUGAUACCCAUAAUUUUAAAUAUGUCGUGGAUCCCUAUAAUGAAGGAAGAGAAGCAGAAGCUGUAAGUCCCUCACAAAAAAUAAAGGAAAUCCUAGCAAAAUACCACGACCCAUUUACAUUACGGUGGGAAGGAGUUAUUGGUAACGCGUAUGUUCCAAGCCAAGCUGAAUGGGAGCAGUUGCUGACUAACUGCAGUGCGUUUCUGUUCUAUGGGAUGGAGAGAUUCUUGUCUCACGUUUUACUCAACAGACUGGUUGCUAUGAACAUCCCAAAAUGCCAUUUGAUGAUACUUUUAGAUCUGGUGCAAUCAAAGCAAAGUUAUCAGCGAGUAACAAACUCCGAUAUCCACAAAAGUUGUCCACGUAUUGCAUUGGAGAGACCAACAGAGACAGCGAUGCUUCUAAGCCUUACUGGUGUUCGUUCUAUAAUAGCUAACCAGUGGUACACUACUCUGCCAGAGAAUGCAGAAAGGCUAGAAAUUUUAUCUGAGAAUUUGUUAAGAAUUGGGAAAACAACUGGGCAGACAGUCCAUAUUCUUCAAAAGAGUGAGACCCACAGGAAAAGUGAUUCAGUUAAAAUGGAAGAGGAUUCUCACAAUUCUCCCCCUCGACCUUCUGGCAAUGCUCUGCACCCUCAGAGCUGCCUUCCAGCAGCAACCUCUGUCAGCAAGAUGAAUGAGUAUGACCAAAAAUUCCUUUACGGUCUGACAGCACCACUUUAUCAGAAAGCACUGAUCAAGAAUGAUGGCCUUAUCCAGGCGACUUCAGACCUGUAA